AUGACCGUCGGAACCACUAUUUACACUGCUGUCGUUGGGUGUGGUGUCGCCACCCAGCUAUUCCACGUUCCUCUGCUCUUAGCUCAAAAGCAACUCUUUACUCUCAAGACCAUCGUCGAGAAGGCUGGACCCAAGCCUAUCGAAGCUAUUAAUAAGACUUACCGCACCAGUAUCAGAUGGGUGAAUGAUAUCCAGAACGUGAUCAACGAUGAAGAUAUUGAGCUUGUUGUCAUUGCGACCCCUAACCAUAUGCACUUCAGCAUGGCCAAGGCUUGCCUCGAAGCUGGAAAACAUGUAUUGGUCGACAAGCCCGUAACGCCGACUUACGCGGAGGCCGCGGAGUUGGCCCGCAUUGCCCAGCGAUGCAAUCGUAAAUUGAUGACCUUCCAGAAUAGGAGAUUGGAUGGGGAUUUCCUUACUGUCAAGAAGCUCAUCGAAGAGAAAGCAAUAGGCGAAACUUAUGAGGUUGAGUCUCAUUACGACCGACUUCGCCUGCAAUUAAAUGGCACUUGGAAAGAAGGCACCCAACCAGGUUGUGGUAACACCUGGAAUCUCGCACCCCAUUUGAUCGAUCAAUGCAUGGUUUUGUUCGGACGCCCUGACAGUGUGAUGGGGCUUGUACAAAAUGUUCGCCAACUCGGCCAUUCUAAUCUUGACGAUUCGUUCACGAUUCAUCUAUACUAUACUAAUACACCCAGGCCGGUUACCUGCAUACUGCGGGGAACCCUUUCUGCCGUUACCGCUAGGCCCCUACGAUUCAUUGUCAGGGGUGACCAGGGUACCUAUAUUAAGCGGGGCCACGACGUGCAGGAAGGGCAGAUGAAAAAACAUAUGAGCCCAUGGGGGCCUGAGUUUGGUAUUGAACCCAAGUCCCAAUGGGGUGAAAUCGAGGUUCAAAAUGAAAAUGGGUUUGAAUUCGACUUCCUUCCCACGUUGAAAGGGGAAUACAACAGAAUAUACCCUAAUGUUGCUGGAGUGUUAGAAGGAAAAGAGGAGCCGCUUGUUAGAUGGGAGGAAUCCGCUGCCGUCGUCCAGAUCCUCCAGUUGGCAUUUCAGAGUGCUGAAGAGGGUCGAACAUUACCGGUUCCUCGCGCAUAG